CUCCGGGGCUGGGCGUGCAGCGCCGAGCACCGCUACCGGAGCCGGGCGUUUCGCGGUAACGGGGACCCCCCUACACACACACACACCUCAUUCUCCCGCGGAAGGGACCAGGACAGGGCCUCGCGGUGGCCCUCAGCUUGUCCCCGCUCCCCCCCCCCCGGCCACCCGGCCCACCCAGGCGGCCCCGUGGGACCAUGAACGUUCUGGCUCCGGUCCGCAGGGACAGGGUCAUCGCCGACCUGCCCUCGUGUUUUCGGAAGGAGGCCGCCCUGCACGCCCGCUCCGCCUUCCACCCCACGGUGGCCAGCGCCUGCCAGGAACAGCGGACGGGCACCGUGGGGUUCAAGAUCUCCAAGAUCAUCGUGGUGGGGGACCUCUCGGUGGGAAAGACCUGCCUGAUCAACCGCUUUUGCAAAGACACCUUCGACAAGAACUACAAGGCGACCAUCGGCGUGGAUUUUGAGAUGGAGCGGUUUGAGGUGCUGGGGGUGCCCUUCAGCCUGCAGCUGUGGGACACGGCCGGCCAGGAACGCUUCAAGUGCAUCGCCUCCACCUACUACCGGGGAGCGCAAGCCAUCGUGAUCGUCUUCGAUGUCAACGACGUGGCGUCCCUGGAGCACACGCGGCAGUGGCUGGCUGACGCCCUGAAGGAGAACGACCCAUCCAACGUGAUCCUCUUCUUGGUGGGCUCCAAGAAGGACCUGAGCACGCCGGCGCAGUACAGCCUGAUGGAGAAGGAUGCUCUCAAGGUGGCCCAGGAGAUGCAGGCGGAAUACUGGGCUGUCUCCUCACUCACCGGGGAGAACGUGCGGGAUUUCUUCUUCCGCGUGGCGGCACUGACCUUCGAGAGCAGCGUGCUGGCCGAGCUGGAGCGCAGCAGUGCCCGCAAGAUCGGCGACACCGUGCGGAUCAGCAGCAACGAGAGUGACCUGUACCUGUCAGCACCCCGCAAGAAACCCAAGUGCUGCCAGUGAGGGGGCAGCCCCCGGCCCACCCCCACGCUCACACCUCUGGACCAAAGAAGGGUGGCCCCGGCCAGCCCCGAGGAGCCGUCCCUGCUGCCCCCCGGCUCCCCCCGGCCCCCCGCCUGCCCGGGCACCCACGGCCGGGGCGGGCAGGAGUGCCCACGUGGCUCCUUUAGCUAUGCAAACCCAGGUACUGCUCGCAGCGGGAGAUGCCCCCAGGCUCCCAUUU